CCUAAAAUCAUCUCCUACCAGUUUUAGUUCUCCGUCGUCCUCUCUUUUGAGCUAACUAGUAAAACCAAUGGCAAUGGCGACCCUUGGCCACUUCAAUCCGUCUGAGAUGAUUUAUUGUCUUUCUUCUUCGUCAUUCACUACCCUAAACCAAAACACUCUGAGCUCUCCUUUCGUUCCAAGAUUAUCUUUUUCUUCCAAAAGAUGCCCCCCUUCAAAGACCCAAUUCUCUUCCGGUCUAUUCCGAAUAGCCAGCUCAUUUACUCCAAUGGAAACGGCCAAAAUCAAGGUCGUCGGUGUUGGCGGCGGUGGCAACAAUGCCGUUAAUCGCAUGGUUCUCAGUGGGUUACAUGGUGUUGAUUUCUACGCUAUUAACACUGAUUCUCAAGCUCUUGUGCAAUCUGCUGCUCAGAACCCACUUCAGAUUGGAGAGCUUUUAACUAGAGGACUUGGUACUGGAGGUAAUCCACUUUUGGGAGAACAAGCUGCAGAAGAAUCAAAGGAAUAUAUUGCUGCUGCUCUCAAAGGAUCAGAUUUGGUUUUCAUUACUGCGGGUAUGGGUGGAGGCACAGGUUCUGGAGCUGCACCUGUUGUGGCUCAGAUAUCAAAGGAUGCAGGUUAUCUAACUGUUGGUGUGGUUACUUAUCCCUUCAGCUUUGAAGGACGCAAAAGAUCUAUGCAGGCACUGGAGGCUAUUGAGAAGUUACAGAAAAAUGUUGACACUCUCAUAAUUAUUCCCAAUGACCGAUUAUUAGAUAUUGCGGAUGAACAAACACCUCUUCAAGAUGCUUUCCUACUUGCGGAUGAUGUUCUACGUCAAGGGGUCCAGGGAAUUUCAGACAUAAUAACAAUACCUGGUCUAGUAAAUGUGGACUUUGCAGAUGUUAAAGCAGUUAUGAAGGAUUCCGGAACUGCAAUGCUUGGUGUGGGAGUUUCCUCCAGUAAAAACCGUGCUGAAGAAGCUGCUGAACAAGCAACGCUCGCUCCUCUUAUUGGUUCAUCAAUCCAAUCUGCUACCGGAGUAGUGUACAAUAUCACUGGUGGAAAGGAUAUAACUUUGCAAGAAGUUAAUAGGGUUUCUCAGGUGGUUACAAGUUUGGCGGAUCCUUCAGCUAAUAUCAUAUUUGGAGCUGUUGUGGAUGAACGGUUCAAUGGGGAGAUUCGCGUGACAAUUAUAGCAACUGGUUUUACUCAGUCGUUUCAGAAGACACUCUUGACAGAUCCUAGAGGGGUGAAGAAGACAGUUGAGAAAGGAGGAGGACUAAUGGGGGGUAGGCAGGAAAUACAGAUAAAAUCAUCAUCAUCAAACUCAAAUUCCCAAGUCUCAUCAUCAUCUCGGCCUACUAGAAAACUCUUUUUCUAGUAAAUUUUUUAAAAGAAAGUUGGAAUCUUCUUAUUAGUGAUUGUAUUACUUUCUUUCUCUGGUUGUUUUUGGCUGAAUCUAACAAAGAAAUAUACCAGACCAUUUCUGUAAAGUGUAAUCCCUUGAAUCAAUUUAUCUCUAUUCAUAGUUUCAAUGACCAUCUUAAA